CCUGCGUCACCACACGUCGCCCGGCAAAUAAAGGCCGUCUGGCUCCAAGCUUAAAUAUUGCAGGAAACUAAAAACCAACCAUCAGAGCCGAUUCAUUCACAUCUGCUCAGUGGGGCGACAAGGACGGGGCUUUAGGUGGGAAAGAGGGCAGAAAAAAGUUCACUUUUCCCUGCCGGGUGCCAAGAGAACGGGACAGGACUCAACUUCGCCGGAGCCGCAGCUGUGUGCUACGGACCGAUCAUGGGUGACUGGAGCUUUCUGGGUAAUAUUUUAGAGGAAGUUAACGAGCACUCUACGGUGAUCGGCCGGGUGUGGCUCACGGUGCUCUUCAUCUUCCGUAUCCUCAUUCUGGGCACGGCGGCGGAGUUUGUGUGGGGCGAUGAGCAGUCUGACUAUGUCUGCAACACACAGCAGCCCGGAUGUGAAAAUGUGUGCUACGACGAGGCCUUCCCCAUCUCCCACAUCCGCCUGUGGGUGCUGCAGAUCAUUUUUGUGUCCACACCAUCUCUGGUGUACGUGGGUCAUGCUGUGCACCAUGUCCACAUGGAGGAGAAACGCAAAGAGCGAGAGGAGGCAGAACUUAGCCGGCAGCAGGAGCUGAGUGAGGAGCGUCUCCCUCUGGCACCUGACCAGGGAAGUGUCCGCACCACUAAGGAGACCAGCACAAAAGGAAGCAAGAAGUUCCGGCUGGAGGGCACACUGCUGAGGACCUACAUCUGCCACAUCAUCUUCAAGACACUGUUUGAGGUGGGCUUCGUGGUGGGCCAGUACUUCCUGUAUGGCUUCCGCAUCCUGCCACUGUACAAAUGCAGCCGCUGGCCCUGCCCCAAUACAGUUGACUGCUUUGUGUCUCGCCCCACGGAGAAGACCGUCUUCAUCAUCUUUAUGUUGGCUGUCGCCUGUGUCUCACUCUUCCUCAACUUUGUGGAGAUCAGUCACCUGGGCCUGAAGAAGAUUCGCUUUGUCUUUCGCAAGCCGGCCCCCGCCCCAGCCCAAGGUGAGGGCUCGGCCCCCCUGCCGCCACAAGGGAAGAGCCUGCCCCCCCUGGCUGUGCCCUCCCUGCAGAGAGCGAAAGGUUACAAGCUGCUGGAGGAGGAGAAAGUUCCCAUAACUCACCUCUAUCCACUGGCUGAGGUGGGCAUGGAGGCUGGCAGAGGGGCCCCACCCUUCCCGGGGCUGCAGGAGAAGGUGGAGGAGGUGCUGCCCAUGGGGGACAUCUCUAAGGUGUAUGAUGAGACUCUGCCCUCCUACGCCCAGACCACUGAAACAGCGGGGGUGACAUUACACGAGGAGGAGGCAGAGGAGGUGCAGCCGGCCAAGGUGGAAGCAGAGAGAGUGGAGGAGGUUGUUGAUGAUGAUGUGGAGGUAGAGGAAGCAGUGAAAGGGGAGGGGGCAGGGAUGGAGGCCACGGAUACGAUAGAAGACACCAGACCACUGAGCCGACUGAGCAAAGCCAGCAGCAGGGCCAGGUCAGACGAUCUCACCGUAUGAACCUGUGAGAGAGAGCACAUGUACACACCUGCACACACCAAAAGUUCAACAUAAGAGAGAGCGCACACACACACACACACACACACACACACACACACACACACACACACACACACACACACACACACACACACACACACAUCUAACUCAAGACAACGCACACUCUUGGUGUGGUCAAAAACCAAUGGAUGAAAAACAAAAUCAACAGGGAUAGAUUAAAACCUUUGAGACACAAGCAACAAUUCUACAUAGCGACAAAAAAUCUGCGUGUUUGUGAUAAAAAUGAAAUAUAAAAAGUAGAGGUUAAAGAGGGGAGGAGUAGGUUUUUUAUUAAGCGUGUUCUUAUAUUUAAAAAAUGUGGAAAGGACACAUGCAGGGGGGAAAUGUUUUUACUUGAUGAAAAUCCAUGUUCAAUUUUUAAAAACAUCUUUUUCUAUUGAAAGAGUUUUAAUCAUAUACAAUGGAGGAUUAGACAUUUGUACAUGGGGUUUGAGUAGACAGGGGAAAGAGAGUUAUAAUAUACUUGUGUGUCUGCAAAUCAGUAAUUUCGCUGUAGUUAGGCACUGACUUUAAUUUCCCUUCAGACAGCGACAUACUGCAAAUGCAGCAUGUGGCUGCACACGGCACGGGUGAGAGGGCUCUCACUAUACACAAACCACACAAUUAAGUGCCGGUACAUUUGCAGGUAUACAGCUCUUUGAGAAGAGGAAGAAAAGUCAAUUUUCAGGUUGAGAAGAGCAUACCUUUGUUUUUGCACAUUCAGAGGUUUAGACUCUGUGCAAGGCCUUUAACCCUCAUAACACCUCAUCUAUGCAUCCAUUUACACAGGAUUCUUUCAAGUGAAGAGAGAUGUGCAUCAAUUUCAGAGCAUUUCUCUCCUUUUCAUGUUUAUAUACCAGGUAGCACAGCCAGAGCUGAGUUAGUGAGGAAAACCCCCCAAAAAAGACCACUUGUUGAAUGUCUUUUUCAAUGUGAUUCUGCAUAUCUUCAUUUUAGAUUUGCUCAUGUUUUGUAGCAUUUAAGUAGAACUGUGUACUGUGAUAUCAGUUGGCACCAUGGCAGAGAACAGGCCUCAUUUUGCCCUAUCAGAGAAUGAACUAUAGUAGCGACCUCAGGCCAAAUCCUCUCUUUUCGUGCUGUACAAACAGGCGUCCGGGCGAUAAAGAUCAUGCACCAUCAGCACAAAGUAUUGUUGGAGGCCAGACAAUAAAAGAAACCGCACUCAUCAAUGAAAACAAGCAUCCUUGACCUGGCUGUGAAAAAAAUCUUUCUACUUGAUUUUAAUGUGACCAUAGUAGGUCCUCACCCCGUAGUCAAAUAGCAAUACUCAUGACAUGCUUUCAAAUUCAAAGAGAAACAAACAACUAGGGCCUGCUGUACAUAAUGCCCUAUCUCAUGUCUGAUAAUGCACAUAAUGUGCAGAGCAGCUGUUUUCUGUUAUUUCACUGUCUAGAUGAAUCACAGAAGUUCUCAUUGUGAUUACAAUAUUGAUUUAAUCUCACUAACACGAUAUAGUAAAAAGAAAAUUCCCUCACUGCGGUGUUGUGCAUCUGUCUGAGUAAAGAUGAAUUUUUUGGGAAUCAUUAGCAAGUAUACGUUAAGCCUUAAAGUAUGCCUUAGGUUUAUCACAAAUCUUCCUCUCACAUUCUCUGGCUUUGUUUAUUCAAACAGCUGCCACUGUAUGAUUUUCUGUGUCUUACCUGUAAAUGUAAAUUCUCAAAUGUUGUAAGAUUGUAGCAAGUGCUUAUAUUGCUCUGGGACCUAUGUGAAUUUGAUGUUUUAUUUGCUUCUUUUUUAUUUUUAUUAUCUGAGUUUCAUUUUGUAUGCGACCCCUUAGCACACACAAAAGUCCACCCACACCCACAAGAAGACCUGUCUCUAAUAUGAUGGUUAAUUCAAGUAUUACCAUGAUAAUUUAAUGAUGUUAAGAAGAUAUUAGGGCAUAAAGUGGCAUGUUUCAGGACAUGAACACACUUAAACAGUGCAGGCUUCGCCCACACACACACACACACACACACACACACACACACACACACACACAC